AUGUCAGACAAGGUAUGGAAUGUUACAACAGGGAAGAUCGACUACGAGGACCAGGGUGCGGAAUUCACAAUCAAUCAACGAGGCGAUUCACCCACCGUUCAAACCAACUUCUAUAUCUUCUUUGGACAGGUAGAAGUUAUCAUGAAACCUGCCAAGGGGCAAGGCAUAGUGUCUUCCAUUGUGCUGGAGUCGGACGAUUUGGACGAGGUGGAUUGGGAGUGGAUCGGCGGAAACAAUUCAUAUGUGCAGACCAACUAUUUCGGCAAGGGCAACACCACCAGCUAUGACCGCGCCGUGUGGCACCCAGUCAGCACUCCGCAAGACCAAUGGCACAACUACACCGUCGACUGGACACAUGAGAAACUGGAGUGGUUCAUUGACGGACAAUCAAUCCGCGUUCUGAAGGCUGAGGAUGCCAACGGAGGUAGCAACUUCCCACAGACCCCUUGCCAUGUGUUGCUCGGCAUCUGGGCCGGCGGUGACCCGACGAAAAAUGCCGAAGGCACUGUCGAAUGGGCCGGUGGUAAGACAAACUAUGACGACGGCCCCUUCACCAUGGCCGUCCAAUCGGUGCGUGUCACGGACUCGAGCAGAGGUACACAGUAUGUGUACGGCGAUAAGACUGGCAGUUGGCAGAGCAUCAAGGUUCUUAACGAAACCGCCGCACUCAAACUGGACGGUGACAAUGGCGAGUCGACAACCCAGACCAUGAAACAAAAGUGGAAUGGUCUCACACCUACCACCAAGUACAUCAUUAUUGGUGUCGUAGGCGGUGUCAUUCUCCUCGCUCUUGCAAUCUUCGCGUUCUGCUGCAUUCGCCAACGCCGCGCCGGCAAACACGAGAAAUUGGUUGAGGACGCCAAGUACGAGCAGAAUGCGGCCGAGGUGCUUGCCUAUCGUGCCGACAUGUCUCGUCUGCGUGGUGAGAAAAUGGCGACUGCCCAAGUCCAUGUCUCCCCGGUCAUGGGCAACGCCGGCGGCAUGUAUCAAAACUACGGCCAGACGCAACCCAUGAUGCGCUCCAUGAGUCCAAAUCCAGGAAAUAGCUACGCCAACAGCAACUAUGCGCAGAGCGUAAGGACGUUCGGCUCCGGGCGGGGCUAUCAGAGGUAUUGA